GGGCCUAUGACUUUGACAUCUUGAAGUUUGUUUUCCUGACAUUACAUAGCUGCUGCUGCGUCCCCGCCAUUACAUUUAAUUGUACGCAACGUUUCGUGACUCGCGUUUGUGACGGGUCCACGUUUGUACACUUGCGUCCGUUAUUAAUAAGAAGAAAAGCAGUCGGAAGAUGUUUUUGACACGCUCGGAAUACGAUCGUGGCGUGAACACCUUCUCGCCAGAAGGAAGAUUAUUUCAAGUGGAGUAUGCUAUAGAAGCCAUAAAACUUGGUUCCACAGCCAUCGGAAUUGCAACAGCAGAAGGAGUAGUUCUGGCAGUGGAGAAACGCAUUACCUCUACUUUAAUGGAACCGACAACAGUAGAAAAAAUUGUAGAAAUCGACAAGCAUAUAGGAUGUGCAGCAUCUGGUCUAAUGGCAGACUCGAGGACAAUGAUCGAUAGAGCUCGAGUUGAAUGCCAGAAUCAUUGGUUCGUGUACAACGAAAAGAUGACGGUGGAGUCAACUGCUCAAGCUGUGUCUAAUCUAGCCAUACAAUUCGGAGAUAGCGACGAUGAUGGCACUGCUAUGUCCAGGCCGUUUGGUGUAGCGAUGUUAUUUGCUGGGAUUGAUGAGAAAGGUCCACAGUUGUAUCAUAUGGAUCCAUCUGGUACUUUUGUUCAGUUUGAUGCAAAGGCUAUAGGAUCUGGUAGUGAGGGUGCUCAGCAGAACCUUCAAGAAGUGUACCACAAGUCCAUGACACUUAAGGAAGCAUUGAAAGCUGCGCUGACAAUAUUGAAGCAAGUGAUGGAAGAGAAACUCAAUGACACUAAUAUUGAGGUGAUGACGAUGACACCUGGGCAACUGUUUCACAUGUUUGCUAAAGCUGAAUUACAAGAGGUGAUUAAAGAUAUUGCUUAAGAAUUGUUUAUUGCGUAUGUAUAAAUCAUUGCGAGUACUGUCAUACCAAGUUGUAGAAAGAAUGAAUGAAUUUCUUACAUGGAACAGCAUAAUUAUAAAUUAUAUCUCUACUUUAUACAGGA